UCGACUCUGAUCGCUUCCGCAAACCGCGUGAACGGAUCAGGUCACCAGCUAUCCCUUCGAGUUCGUGAACAUUGUGCGUGUGCUGUGAGUGUGUAAAGGCGCCCAAAAGUAGCCGCAGUUUACCCCUUGAAGAGAGCCCGUGCAAGUGACCGAGCCAAGUGUGCCUUGUUUCCAACCAUGUUCCGAUUCGUUCUCCUAUCAACGUUGCUGGUCGCCGCGACGGCCCAGUACAACGGAGGCUACCACCGUGACCCGAAGACGGCCGCCAUUCUGAGCGAGCAGCGGUAUCUGUCUGGGGAUGGCAAGUUCGGGGCUGCCUACACGCAGGAGGAUGGCACCGACUUCAAGGAGGAAACGGACGCUGACGGUAACCGACGCGGCUCGUACAGCUACGUCGACCCAACUGGCCAACGACGCACUAUCUCGUACGUCGCCGGCAAGAAUGGGUUCCAGGCCUCUGGCGACCAUCUGCCAGUAGCCCCGCCAGCCCCCCCACAACCCGCCCCACAGCCGCAGUACCAGCCUCAGCCGCAGUACCAGCCUCAGCCGCAGUACAACUCAGGCCGUAGCUACGACGAUGACGGUCAGUACGAUCCUCGCUGGAACGACCCCAACUUCAGCCAGAACCAGUACUCUGCCCCGGCACCUGCUCCAGCACCCGCCCCGGUCCACAACUACCAUGCUGCCCCGGCUCCAGUUGCCCCCGCGCCCCAGUACAACCCUCAGCCCCACUACGCCCAGCCAGCUCCUCAGCCUGCUCCGGCCUGGACUACGACGCCCGCGCCGCAUCGUUUCCAGCCUCCGGGCAAGCUGCAGCUGAACCGAACCCCCGAUGGCUACAGCUACACCUUCAACAAGGUCUAAAGGUCCUAGCCCCUCCCCCCGCCUUUCCCCACAACAACACCCACCCUUAGCCUCCUGGUCCCUCACGUCCAGCUUGUUCCCUUGUUCCGGUAGCGGGUGCGUUAGUUAGCCGUUAGUAAGCGUUACGUUGCCUGUUUGUGAUAUGUAAGCGUUGUGUAAGAUGUAGAUGUCCUCCCUACUCCACCCGCCACUUCCCGUUUCCUGUCCCCGGCCCACCACCCCGCCACCCCGGCACCGGGAAGCAGCGACGCAUUUCCCGACGCACACACGUGACGUGCUACACCGGCAGAGCAUUGGAGGCCGACCCGUGUGCGGUGGUUCCGCGGUGUGAUCGAGUUGAUAGAGAGAGAGAGAAAGAGAGAGAAGGAUGCAAAAAGAAAAAAAAAACAAACAUACAAAAAUAUCUGAUCUAAAAUUUCGCGAAAUAGAAA